AUGCCUUCUCAAGAUCUCCCACACAUGAACUUCCGAGCCUACGUCGGGGCUCUCGAAUCUGAUGGAGAUCUCGUCCAAAUCAACCAAGAAUGUGACCCUCAUCUUGAAGUUGGUGCCAUCAUACGCAAAGUUGUCGAGAACGACGAAAAGGCCCCCCUGUUCAACAAACUCAGAGGCCAGGACAACAACGGCCUUUGGAGAAUCCUCGGUGCUCCUAACUCGCUCCGCACUGACCCGAAGCAGCGUUUCGGGCGACUGGCUAGACACCUCGGCCUUCCCGUCACUUCUUCCAUGAAGGAGAUCCUAGACAAGAUGAUAGCGGCCAAGACUUCUACCCCUAUCCCACCUGUCGUUGUCGAGACCGGGCCCUGCAAGGAGUUCUGCCUCACGCCAGAUCAGUUUGAUCUAACUCAACUUCCUGCACCACUGCUGCAUCAAUCCGACGGUGGCAAGUACAUCCAGACCUAUGGCAUGCACAUUGUUCAGUCGCCAGACGGCAAGUGGACCAACUGGUCCAUCGCCCGUGCAAUGGUGUACGACCGGAACCAUCUCGUCGGCCUCGUCAUCAAGCCGCAGCACAUCUGGCAGAUGCACCAGAUGUGGAAGAAGGAGGGCCGAGACAUGCCCUGGGCGUUGGCGUUUGGCGUUCCUCCGGCUGCCAUCAUGGCGUCUAGCAUGCCUCUUCCUGAUGGACUCUCCGAGGCUGAGUAUAUUGGCUCGUUGGUCGGAUCCCCACUUGAGGUGGUCAAGUGCGAGAGCAAUGGGCUUUACGUACCUGCAAGUUCAGAAAUUGUCUUUGAGGGUACAUGUUCGAUUACAGAGACUGGCCUUGAAGGCCCUUUCGGAGAAAUGCAUGGACUAGACAAGCUUGUGACGCUAAAUCUUAUCCUAGCUAUGUCUUUCCUGGUGACUCCCACCCAUGGCCCAACAUACGAUGAUCGGCCCCCUUGCAGCUGCAGAGAUCGGUUUCCGCCUCAAUCGCAAGUGACGUGGGUCGCUCUACAAGUUGACACUCAAAAGCUACGCGAGCUACAUACCAACCCCGAGGACUUCUGUCGCAAGGUGGGAGGCAUCGUCUUCCGUCAUAAGGUCGGAUACACAAUUCAUCGUCUCGUCCUUGUCGGCGAUGAUAUCGAUGUGUACAAUUUCAAGGACGUCAUCUGGGCUUUCUGCACUCGCUGCCGUCCCGGAAUGGAUGAGUACCACUUUGAGGAUGUGCCUGGGUUCCCUCUAAUUCCGUAUAUGUCGCAUGGCAAUGGCGCCCCUGAUAAGGGCGGCAAGGUUGUUUCGGAUUGCCUUUUGCCCGUUGAGUAUACAAAGGGAAGAGACUGGGAGGCAGCUGACUUUGAGAAUUCAUUUCCUCAGGAUAUCAAAGAGAGGGUUACUGGUCGGUGGGAGGCGAUGGGCUUCGGCUCGUCCAUGUAG